GUUCACCGGGUCGAUUUCGCGCGAAAACCAAGACCGCUGAAUGCAUACAAUUUCCAAACAAGCAAUUAGCAAACCGCACGACUUCAAAAUAAGCAAGCAGCUAGCUAUACAGGCAAGGGUUGUUGUAUUGUCUUUCAAACGCCGACAUGCCUAAGAGAUCUUACCCAUUCGGUGAGACGUUCUCCUCACAGUAUAAAAUUCACAUUGGACAAAAGGAGCUAAACAAUCAUGGUGUAUUCGGAAACAAGUACAGGCAAGAAAUAUACGAGAAAACAAAGAAUUUGCUGUUUAAUGGUGCAAAAGCUGUAAUUGGCAAAAUCUGGAAGCUGGACGGGGAAGAGGACCACUUGGACAUUGAAACCACAUGUCACACCACUGUGAACCGGACACUUCUAAGAGGACAGACCUUGAUUGGGUCAGAUGGCAAACUGAGGAAAACUAGUCCUGUCAAAGAUGCUCCUGGAGCUCCUGUAGUGUGCUGUGUAUGUCUGAAAGCCAUGGGUGUGAAGAAGCCGUGCUCGCAGUGUGAGCGCUCUGCCUGCUCGUCCUGCACCAGACAGUGCACCAGCUGCUCCGGGCUCUGCUGUUCAGUCUGCACAAUUGUAGAUUACAGUGACCGGUACGACAGAGUUCUAUGCUGUGACUGCUCAGCGUAACGAACAAUAAAGGGACUGAAGAAAGCACUUAGUUUUCGGAACGUCUUCAAAUGACUUUUUAAUCAAUUUGA